GGGGUUUGUAAGAGUGUGAAUAUAUGGAUAGGAAGAAGGAGAAACAGAGAAAGGAUAAAGGUGAGAGAGAGGAAGUUCUCUCCUAUUUCCAUUUUCCAAAAUGGCUUCUGCAACUGCUACUCUUUCCACUCUCUCUUCUUCUUUCCAAACCCAUUCUUCAAUUUCCCAAACCUCCACAAAAACUCAAUUCUCCUUUUCUCAACGUUUUCCUUCUCAAUCUUACAACCUCUCUUUCCAAUCCACUUUCUCACAACGCUUCCCUCUAUUACCCAUUCCCAAAUCCACUGAGUCUUCCGUCGCAGCGGUUGAGUCCGACUCUGAAGUUUCUCCAACUCAGCCCGACUCUGAUUCCACUCAAAUUGUUGAAUCUCGCCCGUGGGAAAAGGGUCUUUUCGCAGUUGUAAUGAUCGGUGGACGUCAAUAUAUCGUUCACCCUGGCCGCUGGCUUGUUGUUCAGAGGCUCAAAGAUGCUAAGGUUAACGACAAGAUUGCCCUGCAUAAGGUCUUACUGGUUGGCACAGAUACGUCCUGCUACAUUGGGAAACCGAUAGUAACAAAUGCGGUGGUAUAUGCAACAGUGGAAGAUCAGGGUUUAGACAGCAAAGUAAUUGUAUUCAAAUACAAAAGAAAGAAGCACUAUCGCAGAACCAUCGGUCACAGACAGCCAAAUACACGCAUUCGGAUAAAUAGCAUUAUGGGCUAUGAGGACUACCCAAAAGCUACUAUGGAUAAUAUUAAUGUGGAAUCAUCAUGAACAUUUUGUGCACUAUGCUAUUAUUGUAUCUUUCUUUCAUCUAUAACUAUUAGCCAACAUUUUGCCAUGUCUAAUUUUUCUUUUAUCAGGAAUGGAGUUGUUUGCAUGUUUAUGUAGCUACUGUAUGGUAUAUUGUAAUAUUUUGUUUUCGAAUACAUUGCUCUAUUUUCUGUCUCCAA